AUGCCAAGUCGCCAACUCCCCAUCCGCGCCCCCUUCCUCACCAAGCCCACAGCUCUCAGGGGUGUUUGGAUCCUAGGCAAAGUGAAUUAUAGCUUUCUUCAGGAGUCAAAAUGCCUUCUUCAGGAAGAAUUUGCUAAACAUAUGGCUUCAAAUACUGGCAAGAAGCUCAUUCAGAUCGAUGUGAGCUCGGAUACAGUGUGCCCUUGGUGCUUUGUUGGGAAAAAGAAUCUUGAGAAAGCUAUGGAACAAACCAUGGACAAGUUCGAUUUCGAGGUUCGUUGGCAUCCAUUUUUUCUGAACCCUGAUGCACCUAAGGAAGGUGUCAAGAAAUCUGAUUUCUACAAGACCAAGUUUGGCCCUGUGCAGUUUGAGCGUGCAACUGCUCGCAUGAGAGAGAUGUUCCGAGGACUUGGCUUUGAAUAUGACAUGUCAGGACUCACCGGGAAUACAAUGGACAGCCAUAGGCUCAUAACACUUGCCGGACACCAAGGCUACGAUAAACAAAAUGCUCUUGUAGAUGAAUUAUUCGUCAGUUAUUUUUGCCAAGGAAAAUAUAUUGGUGAUAGGCAAGUUCUUAUGGAUGCUGCAAGAAAGGUGGGCAUAGAAGGAGCAGAAGAACUUCUGCUGGACCCUAGCAAAGGAGUCGAUGAGGUUAAGGAAGAACUCAACAAGUACUCUUCUGGCAUUUCUGGAGUCCCUCACUUUGUGAUCAAUGGAAAAUAUCAACUCAGUGGUGGUCAGCCUCCAAACAUAUUCAUGAGGGCGUUCGAGACUGCUGCCAAAGAUGCAGCUGAAUGA